AUGAAGUACACCGGAUUGAUCGCAGUACUCCUUGCUUGUUCGGCGGCAGCUGGUCCAGUCGAAAGCUCCACACAAGGCCCUCCAGGAUAUGGCGUCGAGGAUCUGGAAUGGAGCGUUCAACUUGCAGAGUCUAACGAUCCCAUCAAUGUCAAAGGCACCGUCGAAGAUGUUGUCGCUGAGCUUUCAAAGCAAAACUCCAGUGCUGAAGCACAAAUCCGAGCCCGAGGGAAAGCAAAGCAAUCUCUGAUGAAGAGGGCAGAUCCUACAGGCUACCACUGUGGCGACCCCUUCACUCCUGCAUCGUCUGCCGCCAUUAGCCGAGGCAUUGAGUACCUUCAGGGCGUCCCCGGCAAGCCUGUAAAUGGACCAGGCCCGGGCAAUUGUGGCCGAGUUAGUUGUUCUUACAACGCAGCGAUUUGGUGGUGCAAUGAUAACACUGAGUCCAAAACGCUGGACUCGUUCGCCGAAAUUGCUAACGGUGCGGAAAAACUCCUCCACUGGUGCUAUCAGUGGGAGGAGGGGCAGCUUGGCUCUUAUGUUGGUGGACAGGCUUUCUAUGCAGACAACUGGAAUGUGAUUGUCCGUAAGAACGAUUGUUAG